UCCAAGAUGGCGGGCAGUUGUGGARUUUCGAUUCUUUUAAAAGCUUGGCGAGAAAGAUGGACUCCACUGSAAUGGUUGGUCGAAAUAAAAAAGAACGUAAAAAAAGAUGGUCACAAAGGACUUGCAGAAUGUCUAGUGCAGCAGGCUACGUUUGGAACCACACCAUCCAUGUUGAUUCUGUCAUAUCUUAAACACGGCAUCAUGGCAGAGGUUGUUCCUUGUUCAGAAGCCAUAGAAGCAAUCCAAAAGUUCCAAAACAUAGAGAAGCACAGAUGUUUGACAGCACUUUUGGAUCUUCUUCUUAGCUUUAUCCCAAAUUUAAGUUGCUUUGAUGAUGGUGAGGAUGCACUUGAUCUCACCACAUCAAUGGUCAAGCUGAUAUACUGGCUUCUUAUUGUUGCAAUCAAUUUGCUGAAGCUCAGCAGAGAGGCAGCACGUUCAUCUGAUGAGGCAUCUUUACAUUACCAUCUUGGGAAUACCAAACGAUGUCAAAAAGCAUUUUCUCAGCUGAUGAGCUCAACCACUUACAGGAGUUUGAUAAUGGUUGGGAAAAUGGAAGAUCCAGGCAUAACAACAGAGCUAGACUGUCAGUUCCAAGCCCAUAUGAAGGAACUGUUUGUGGUGACUCAGUCAGAAGGAAUGGUCCCUGAAAUACAGAUGCACUUCAAAGAUUUAAUGAUCAACUACAACAGGCUGCACAGUCUUACACCACUGAAUGGGUCAGGUGACCAUCAACCUGGUGUUGUACCAAACAUCGCUGUCCAGAACAUUAUACAAAUACAGAAUUUAGUAUUCCCAACUGAUAGUCCUGAACAACUGGCUGGAUUGUUAGAUGCUGUCAUGAGAACACAGAACAUUACAAGACUACAACUGUUCUUAGAGGUUAUGAGAUCAUCUCUUGUUGGUAUGUUGGAGUCACAAGAAAAAUCAAUGGAGGAAGCCAUUUGGACUGGAUUCUUUUUCUUCAAGCUGCCAAGAGUACUUAUUGAAAUGGAGAACAAAUAUCAGUCACAAGGAAACCAAACAACUAACAUGGAACACUCAACAGUACAGGCAACACUGCAACAACUAAGAGUGUUUGCACCUCUCUUAGAUGAUGUAGAUAUUAAAUACAAAUGCAAUUGCUACAAGGAAUUCAUUGAACAAUACUGUAAACAUGUCCCACAGCAAGUAGCAGAAAGGCUAGGAAACCUGGCAUCUGCUAGGAAAUCACCCAGUGAACUGGAAAGUGUAACACUGGGACAAAUAUACCAACCUUUUUUGCUUCUUCUAGAUUCUGAAUCAAAAGUAAUGCCUGUUCUUCAGGCACUCGAAGAUGAACAGACCGUGAAAGACGAUAGGUUUCUGAAUCAGCUGAGUUCUUUAUUCAACGUGGCACAUUCCAAAUGGAGACUUGUUGCUGUUGCUAGUCUAGGCAAAAUGCCAAGUUUAGUUGCAGAAUUAAUAAGAUUAGCUGAGGAAACCAAGAACCCUAGAGAAAGUGAUGAAGAAAAUACAUUGAACUCAUGCGUUCUUCGAGGAGACUUGUUUAAUGCAGCUUUCAUCCUUGUUUGCCACAUUGCACAAGUAUUUGGACGUGAGGUUAUCCUAGAAAUAGCCCGAUCACAUGAACUAAGCAAAGCGUUUAUGACGCAAUGGAUAGCGUCACACAUUCCUGAGAGUGACCACUCACGGACAUUCUACUCAAACCCUCAGUACCCACCAAACCCUGCAACUGUUAACCUGUUGCUCGCCCAGUUUUAUACCAGGGGACCUUUCAUGACAAGUGACGCUCGUUGGGACGACUUGUGUGUAAAUGUACCAGUAGCAAUGCAUGAAAUGCUCAAGUCGUGGCAGUAUGAAAGCCAUACCUGUUCGUCAGACACUAUACAGAAACUGUGCGAGAGCAUAAAAUAUGAAGUGCCUGCGUGGGCAAUCUGUGUAUGCUGCUGGUGUUGUGGGUACAGUCAUGAGCUGAGAAUGGAACAGCGUGCCUAUUACACAGGGGAAAGAUCUGAAACUGGCUCGUCACAGUUUGGGUUACUACAGUUUCUUCUAACUCCAAUAAAUGCCAAAGGAAUGCCGCAAACAUUUACUGACAGAUGUUCAAUGAUGGUGGAAGUCAUGAAAGAAAUGUCUGUCAACAUCGAGAGAAAAGAUUAUAUACAAAGCAGCGAUCAACCAGCACCUAUCAACGAAACAAUAACUGAAAAAAUGUGUCAACUAUUUAACGAUGUCAUCAAACAGAAAAAUAUAUCCAGCAAAACCCUACGGAAAUUUAAACAACUUUUAAUUCUGGGCGGAGCUGAAUGGUUUUGUUCUACGAUAAUUAAGGAGUUACUCAAGUUCAACCGACAGGAAGACAUUGCAAAUGCRGGUUACUCCCCCUACCCCACCCUACCCCACCCUGCACUUCUGUGUGUCAGUUGUACCAAGGAAGGUUUUGUUUACCGCUUUUGUUUUUUAGCUGACAGUGCAAGUUGUCUAAUGUUACUCGACACUAAACUCCUGGUCCCAGUCCUAAUUAGACGUGCUAUUCCUCUUUAUCUUCACCAUGGCAACGCUAACCACAUUCUUCAGGAUCCAAAGGGCUGGGGAUUAGCUCGUCUUGCAGCACACGCAGUCAAUUUUGGUCUCUUGUGCGAACAGGGCCACAACAAUGAACAGCAACAACGACAAGCAGACGAGCAAGGAAGCUCAGUGAAAUAUAAGACAGAGACAAGACAAGAUUUAAGAUCUUUUACGACGCAGUCUCACAUACAAAAUGCUCUUGUCUGGCUCUGUGAGGAGCUUGUUUCGGUCGUUGAUGAUAACAAGGUCGGUCCAGUAGCAUCUGUCCUGAAGAACUUUCUACAACAAGCUGCACAAUGUAACAGUCCAACUUCAGGUUCCGUCCUGGCCUGUUUACCCACUGAACUGACUGAAAAUCUUCUGGAGUUAACUCCCGUAGUGUGUUGCACACCGGAUGUGAUCCUAGGUAUAUGUAGCCUGAAGAACAGUGAUGGAAGAAAACUAUGUGCGCGUGUUCUUUGUAAAAGUAAACAAAGCGAUUAGAUACAACACAACGAUAUCACUAAUAGAGAGAGUCACUUUAUUUUAUACUAAAUUAUAAUGUAACAAUAAAUGAAAAGCUAAAAGCUUGUUUAAAUGAC